GGUUUGGUGGGCGGGGUGUCCCUCUGCCUGGAACUCGGUUUUCGUGUUGGGAGCCAUGGCCACUCGUCGAGCUCUGCACUUCGUUUUCAAAGUGAAGAACCGCUUCCAGACAGUGCAUUUCUUUCGAGAUGUCCUGGGGAUGCAGGUGCAGACCGGGACCGAGCGGGGCUAGCGCGAGACCCCGAUGGGCGGCCGGGCCGCACCAGGGGAGGGAAGACGCCGUGGGCGCGCGGCCACCCCAGCCGCCAGGCCCUAGACUCCGCGUUGCCACGCCGGUGUUUUCAGCUUUUGCGAGCCCCCCUCUUUCGGGUUGGGAAGCCUUUGAAAGGGGACUCACCUACCAGCUGUGUUGUCUACGCACGUUCACCUACAGCCCUUCUCAAAUAUUUUUUACACUCCUGGCUUGGGGAGCCUGCUGUCUAUAGUGAAGGAGCGUUGAUAGGCAAAACGUUAUUUUAAAAAGCCCCUUCCAGUUCACGACAGAGCGGUCUCCUGGUUUGAAAGGUUUGGGUGUGAUCAGCAAAUUUCGGCUUCCAUCAGAGCUGCGGAUUUGAAAUUUAGGCUCUGGGAGGGGGACCCAUGGCUUUGCGCAUGCUAAACAAGCACUCCGCCAUCGGAUUCCGCGAACAAGCCCUGUCCGAGCAAGUUUGAACGGUCUCUUUCGUAGGUGCUCAUGAUCUGUGGCUCUGUUCUAAACAGCCCAGAUGUUCUCCGCCAUGAGGAAUUUGAAGAAGGCUGCAAAGCUGCAUGCAAUGGGCCUUAUGAUGGGAAGUGGAGUAAAACAAUGGUGGGAUUUGGGCCCGAGGAUGAUCAUUUUGUUGCAGAAUUGACAUACAAUUAUGGCAUCGGAGACUACAAGCUUGGCAAUGACUUCAUGGGAAUCACGCUUGCUUCUAGCCAAGCUGUCAGCAAUGCCAGGAAGCUGGAGUGGCCACUGAGUAAAGUUGCAGAAGGGAUUUUUGAAACUGAAGCCCCAGGAGGAUAUAAGUUCUACUUACAGGAUAGAAGCCCAUCUCAGUCAGAUCCUGUAUUAAAGGUGACUCUAGCAGUGUCUGAUCUCCAGAAGUCCUUGAACUACUGGUCUAAUCUCCUGGGAAUGAAAAUUUAUGAGCAAGAUGAGGAAAAGCAACGAGCUUUGCUGGGCUACGCUGAUAACCAGUGUAAGCUAGAGCUACAGGGCAUCCAGGGUGCAGUUGAUCAUGCAGCGGCCUUUGGAAGAAUUGCCUUUUCUUGUCCUCAGAAAGAGUUGCCAGACUUAGAAGACUUGAUGAAAAGGGAGAGCCACUCGAUCCUGACUCCGUUGGUGAGUCUGGACACCCCAGGGAAAGCCACAGUGCAAGUGGUCAUCCUGGCUGACCCUGAUGGACAUGAAAUUUGCUUUGUUGGGGAUGAAGCUUUUCGAGAACUCUCUAAGAUGGAUCCAAAAGGAAGCAAAUUAUUGGAUGAUGCAAUGGAAGCAGACAAAAGUGACGAGUGGUUUGCUACGAGGAAUAAACCAAAGGCUUCGGGUUAGUGGAAGACACAUGAAGAGCACUUACAUCUCCAGUCCAGUCUGUUAUCAGUCUGGCACUUAUGUUUUGAGAAAUGCUCCCACCACUUGGCUGUGUCCUGCAUAGGAGGUCUGUGCAGUAGUUUCACUCUUCAAAGCUCUGUUUUUAGAAAUGAAAUAUUUUUAUCACUCUUGGUAGAGGCAAAUUCCUACUGUGUGUAAUUGUAUUAAAUUUGGUAACAAAUUUAUUGUCCAGACUGAGACAACUAUAUGGAAUAUUACUCUUGGUUGGGGCUGGAGGAAAAUCUGAUUACCUGUUAAUCAUGUAGAUACUAUUGAAACAAAUGUCAGAAUGAAGCCAAACCAGCUAGGCAUGGGGGUGCACGCCUUUAAUCCCAGCACUUGGGAUACAGAGACAGGAGAGUGUCUGAGUUAGAGGCCAGCCAGGACUAUAGAGACCCUGUCUCAAAACAAACAAACAAACAAAAAAAAAACAAAAGCUAAAUCUACUGCUUAGAGUACUCAUUUCCAGGACCCGAUGGUAAGAUUCUGUUCUGUUAUCUUACCACAGAAGGUCUUGACGUUUAGAAACUUUUCCCAUUGGCUUUCUGAGACAGUCUCACCUGAUAGCUCUGGGUAACCUAUUAAUUCACCAUGUAACUCAAGGCAGCUUUUAACUUCGUAACUGGAACUCGGUAGGCUAGAUUGGUCUCAAACUCAAGAGACCAACCCACCCCUGCCUCUUGCUGAGAUCAAAUGCACAGGAUACUGUACCCAGUGGUUUUGAAUGUUUGUCCUGCUUCAGCCUCCAGUGUUAGGACUAUAGAUGUGGGCCACUAUUCCAUGUGGUGGAUUGAACAUGGUUGGCCCAUGGAAAGUGGCACUAUUGGAGGUGUGGCCUUAUUGGAGGAGGUGUAGCAUUGUUAGAGGAACUGUGUCACUGUGGAGAUCUCUUAUAUGUGCUCAAGUCUGGACAAUGUAGCAGUCUCCUCCUGGCUGGUUUUCGAUUAAGAUGUCAAACUUUUGGCUCCUUCAGUACCAAGUCCACUUGCAUAAUGCCAUGUUUCCAACCAUAAUGAUAAUGGACUGACCUUCUGAAACUGUAAGCUAGGCCCAAUUAAAUGCCAUUUUAAGAGUUGCUGUGGGGCUGGCGAGAUGGCUCAGCAGGUAAGAGCACCCGACUGCUCUUCCAAAGGUCCUUAGUUCAAAUCCCAGCAACCACGUGGUGGCUCACAACCAUCCGUAACAAGAUCUGACUCCCUCUUCUGGUGUGUCUGAAGACAGCUACGGUGUACUUACAUGUAAUAAAUAAAUAAAUCUGAAAAGAACCUUAAAAAAAAAAAAAAAAAGAGUUGCUGUGAUCAUGGUGUCUCUUCACAGCAGUAGAACUCCUAAAUCAGACACCAGGCUUGAUGUUUCAAAGAAUUUUUUGGCUAUGUAUGGACAGAAUCCAACUCCUAGCUGGCACAUCAUCACCCCUCACCUAAACUCUGUAAAAACCCCUUGCUUUAGCCUGCAUGUGUGACUUCACUGAUCCUGUGAGGUCAGUGAACCCACCCAAGAGCUGCCUCCUAAUAAACCUGCCUUUAUCAACC